ACAUUCUCACCAUUGCUUUGCACAAACACUCAAAAAAAAAUGAAGCUCUUUUCUUUGCUACUUUUCUUAGCUUUCUUGCUCGGAGCCUCAGCAGAACAAUGUGGAUCACAGGCUGGGGGUGCUGUAUGUCCAAGUGGGCUAUGUUGUAGCCGAUUUGGAUGGUGUGGCAGUACCUCUGAUUACUGUGGAAAUGGUUGCCAGAGCCAGUGUACUUCUGGUGGUGGUUCCCCUACAACUCCAUCUCCUACACCUAGUGGUGGUGGUGGCGAUGUUGGCAGCCUUAUCAGUGCGUCUCUUUUUGAUCAAAUGCUUAAAUAUAGGAAUGAUCCAAGAUGUAAAAGUAAUGGAUUCUACACUUACAAUGCUUUCAUUGCUGCUGCUCGAUCUUUCAAUGGCUUUGGCACAACUGGUGAUGUUACCACACGUAAAAGAGAGCUUGCGGCUUUCUUAGGUCAAACCUCUCAUGAGACCACAGGAGGGUGGGCAAGUGCACCAGAUGGCCCAUAUGCAUGGGGAUAUUGCUUUGUUACGGAAAAUAACAAGCAAACUUAUUGUACCUCAACAUCUUGGCCAUGUGCUCCUGGAAAACAAUAUUAUGGCCGGGGACCUAUCCAACUCACUCACAACUACAACUAUGGGCAAGCUGGUAAAGCCAUUGGAGCUGAUCUCAUAAACAAUCCAGAUCUUGUAGCCACAGACCCCACCUUAUCGUUCAAGACAGCUAUAUGGUUUUGGAUGACCCCUCAAGCAAACAAGCCAUCUAGCCACGAUGUCAUCAUUGGAAAUUGGAGACCCUCUGCUGCUGACACAUCAGCUGGUCGAGUUCCGGGCUAUGGUGUAAUCACCAACAUUAUCAAUGGUGGCCUUGAAUGUGGCCAUGGCUCCGAUAAUAGGGUGGCUGAUAGGAUUGGGUUCUAUAAGAGGUAUUGUGACAUAUUUGGAGUAAGUUAUGGGAACAACUUAGAUUGCUAUAAUCAAAAGCCUUUUCAAUAAAUAGCUUUGGUCCAAGGCAACAAUAUGUUUAGCCAACUACAAUAAAUAGACAAUAUAAACAUAUAAAUUGGUGAUUUUGUUGUUCCAUAAGAGAUCUCUAAGCUUAAAAAUAAAUAAAGAAGAAUUAUA